GACGCAUAGAUGAGGGUGAGAGCAUUUGGCGGUAGCGCUUGACGAGCGACGAGUAAACCCUAAUGCUUUGAUCGCGGCGGCGUCGUUUGGGACACUCCCGAAUCGAUCCGCCUACAUGCCUAUGAAUCCUCCUCCCCCGCCGCCUCCUGGGUCGGCGUCUUCGGCGCCGGCGGGGCCCAGCUACUUCCCUCUCCCUUUCCACCUGCAGCAGCACCAGCCGCAGCCGCAGAUGCCGCCGCCUAUGGCGGCGAGCAGCUACCAACAGUACCAGCAACAGCUGCAUCAGGCGCAUCAGCUCUUCCAGCGGGACGCGCAGACCAUAACCCCCGAGGCGCUGCAGAGCGUCAAGGCUGCUCUCGCCACCAGCGACGUCCUCGACCCCGCCGCCGCCGCGAACGCCAGGCCCUCCGAUCCCUCUACCAGCAAGAAGCCCAUCCCCCGCCGCGCUGCCGGACAAUCCUGGGAGGAUCCUACCCUCACUGACUGGCCUGAAAACGACUACCGGCUGUUCUGUGGAGAUCUAGGCAACGAAGUUAAUGAUGAUGUUCUAUCCAAAGCAUUCUCACGGUUUCCAUCCUUCAACAUGGCAAGGGUUGUUAGAGAUAAGAGGACUGGCAAGACUAAAGGUUAUGGAUUUGUGAGCUUUUCAAACCCUACUGACUUGGCUGCAGCAAUAAAAGAGAUGAAUGGAAAGUAUGUUGGGAAUCGCCCUAUUAAAUUGCGUAAGAGUAACUGGAAGGAGAGGACAGAUGUUGAGGCUCUGCAAAGACAAAAGAAUCAUGUCCAAAGGAAGCCUAAAAUUCCCAAGAAGAGUGUUCUUCACAAGUAGAGAUAUAUAGGCCCUACCGAGGGUGAAGGGCAGCUCAUGGAUGCGCUGCUGCCUUGGGAUGAUGCUACUUCUGGAAUGUCUUCACUCUCUGCACUACUGGGGGGCGGAAAUCACGCAAGGGCUGUUGUUUCAUGCAAAUUGCAACGAGCUACUGCUGCCAUCUGAUGCAAUUUGUGCUCCGUUUUACUGUUUCCCAUAGUUUGCGUUCAUCCAUUUGCGGUGUUGGAGUACUGUCAUGGCUACUGACUAACCAGGCCGAGCUGAACAAGAACCAAAUGGAAUUUUCAGUUUUGGUUUCAGCAAGUAAUAGCAUGACGUGUUGUACUAUCUAUCUCGGUUCCAGCUCAAGGUUAUGUUCUUGUCCACGGCAUCCACGGCCGCCAGCGUCUAGGAGGCCAGGAGGGCCUGCACGUACUUGAGCUCCAGUCACUUCUCCACCCCUUCCCCCCAUCACUUCCUUAAGGCUCUGCAGCUCCAGAUUAAUUUGAUUUGUAUUAGCAAUUUAUCCUCCUUUUUCAAAAGAAAGUUGCAACUGU